AUGGCCGCAACAUCUCUCGUCGACUUCAGGUGCGAAGCGUCGAUCUCGGGUUCAAUCAGCUUGCCAAAGGUGUCGCCGACAGAAACUCAAGGUUUACAUCACGCCACGAGUUCCUCCCCGCAACCACGAUACAGCCAUGGAGACGAUCGAGAAACCAGUUCUACUCCUGGCCAGCAAACGAAUAGUCCAGCCAAGGUCAAGGGACCCGUCAGUCUCGAUCGACUCUCAGCGACAGAUCCUGAAGCCUACAACCAGAGGAUCUCAUCGGCGGGAUUGACACAGGAGAUCAUUGACAACUUCAGCCCCGAGAUUGUCCUUGAGAGCUCCACCUCUGCCCUCCCUGGGGGCUUGGGAGGCUCUCAGGGGGUGUUCGGAACAUCUCAGGACGAUAUCACGAUGGAACAGCUGCUCGGCCUCGAAUUACCUUCCAAACGCGUGACAGACUAUUUCCUAAACACCUAUCUCGAUGCUGUACAUUGGUUUAUGAUGCUUUUCCAUGAGCCAACAUUUCGAUCGUCAUAUGAGAGACUGAUGGCGACAAGGAGAUUUUCGCGGUCCAGGUCAAAUCAGGUCAUCUUCAUACUUCUGGUACUAUCCAUGGGCGCACAUUACGCCUCGGAGGACGACGUUCGACAGAGGUUCCCUACCUUCCAGUUGCAGACGUUUCGAAAGCUAUCUCUCAAAAAGGUCGAAGACAGCAUGCAUGCCUUAUACGACGCAGCGGAUCUCGAGUCUGUCCAAGUGUGUGUUCUUCUUGGGUCAUAUUAUGUCUAUUACGGCCACCCCAACCUUGCAUUUGUUGUUCUAGGGGCUGGACUCAGAUGCGCCCAACUCAUGCUGCUGCACAGAGAGUCAGCAUGGCGAGGUUUGUCAGAGAUUGCGAAAGAAGAGCGCAGACGAGUCUUUUGGGCUCUUUUUAUCUUCGACCGGUUUGCGGCAACAAUGUUUGGUCGGCCAUGUGGCCUUUCCAUGGACGAAAUCGACAUCAAGAUCCCCGAGAAUAUCGGCGACACCACCGUGCAGCAUCCCUCCUUUCGCUCCACUGCGACCAUGCCGGACGGGACCGUGGAACCAGUCACGACAUUUGCCUACUUGAAGUACAAGGUCAAGUUGUAUCAGAUAUCUUCGCCUAUUAUUGGUGACUUAUAUUUCCAUCGAAGUCGGAGUGUCUCCGAGUUGGCACUCAAGGUCUAUCGCAUUGACAAGGAGCUGUCCGACUUCUUCAGCUCACUGCCGCCGGAGCUGAAGUUGGAGGAUCUGUGUCGAAACCCGGCGGAACCUGUAACAGCAAAUUCCAGGCCCUUUAUACUACAAGCUUUGGCUCUUCAGAUUGCGUACGAUAAUGUACAGAUACUUCUACACCGCCCCUUACUCUCACAAGAUCUGCGAAACUUCAAGACAGACGCUGGAACAGCUGGGUCCCAGAGUUCGACAUACUCCUCUGGACAGAUCGACUUUGCCAAUGACAACAAGCUGUCACAUCGACAUGUACAUGAAAUCCUACUGGCAAGUCGAGAUAAAUGUUGGGAAUCCGCCAUCAGAUCUUCUAAACUGGGCGACUACCGCCAAUGUUUGGUCUCUGCACGGGAAACCCACGCCGCAGCAUUUCUCGGGAUCAAUCUUUUCACAGCGGGCAUGGUCCUUUGUAUCGUAGCUCUCUCACGGCCUCUGUCCUCGGAGGCGCAAAUGGCUAAACAGGCCGUUGCUCGGAUCAUGUCCCUCUCACGGUUCUUGUCUGACAGAGCCCUCCUCUCGGCGCAAACAUCAAAGAUUUUGAAGGAUCUUAUUCGACUCAUUGGGGAGAAAGAGAUCAAAGCGAUGCUUUCGGAAUCGGACAACUCUCAAAAUAUGACCUCCUUAUCAGGGACAAGGGUUAGGGAUGCGGUAGGCUCCUCUGCUGCCACACCUGGUCCUGCUUUUGGCGAUCCGCAGUAUUCUGAGGACGUGACGGCAAAUUCCACCACGACAAGGACACAGGACGAAUCUGUUCCUUUCACAAUGAACCAAGUCCAGACCUCCAUCGGCGACUUUGACUUCUCGGGCUUCGAGAAUAUAGAUUUCAACAAUGGUUUACUAAUUAUGCAGCAAGCGAUGUUCCCGGAGGUCUCUGAGACAGAUAUGGAGAGGUCAAAUGGCGAUGGAAUCAACCAGAACGUGGCUCCAUACGGCGCCGACAGUUCUUAUGUCAACCAAACAGGCGGCAGCGACAUGGGGCUGUUGGGUCCUGAUCUCAGCAUGGUGAAUGCCGUUGGGCAAACCUGGCUCUGGGAUUCUGCUACAUGGUGA